AUGAUGUUUACCGUGGACUUCUUUUGCUUUGACAAGAACCAUGGGUUCUCACCGUUUGCCCAUUGCGCUGGUGCAGACUACAAAGCCCUUCUUACGGUAGAGACCUUGGCACGGCUUUUGCUGGCUUUCGAUGCGGAUCCGGAUUCUCAGGAUGCACAGCGCCGGACCCCACUUCAUGCUGCUGCAUUGGCAGGCCAUGUUGCUCUGGUCAACGCGUUGCUGCAGAACAGUGCCGAUCCUGCUUCGGAAGAUGAGGACGGCAGCAGGCCACUUCAUCUUGCAGCCAGGAGCAGGCAGGCAGUGGCACUAACAACAUCUUUGCUCUCGGCCCGAGCUGAUUUGAACGCUCCGAAUGCGCAUGGCGAGAUACCAUUGCAUGUAGCAGCCACCGGAGGCAACGUGAAGCUAUUGAAGCUGUUGGUAGCCAGCCGAGCAAAUCUCCAUGCGCCAAGCAGGAGCCCGCUCGUGGGUGCUGCAGAACGUGGCCAUUCUGCGGCAGCUGCCGUCCUUCUGGACCUCGGUGCAAAGCCGCCCCUUCAGCCUGCUCUUCGGGCUGCUGCACGGGUUGGGCAUGCAAGCGUCGUUGAGGUGCUCCUAAGCCAUGGAGCUGAUGCCACCGUUCCGGAUGCCGAGGGCUUCAGUCCAGUCGACUGGGCACACGCAGCUGGCCAUGCAUCGGUGCUGUCGCUUCUGGGCUCCAGGAUUCUGGAGCUCCCCGCAGACGGACCUGGAAGGCCUCCCCGGCCCAGUCGGACACUGUCCGAGAAGCUUGCAAGUUCCAUGGAGUGCCGUGGCAAGAGACAGGUCGAGUCGUUCAGGCGGUUGAGCCUGGUGUUCUCAACCGCUGGCCCUUUCUUCCUCAAGAACCUGAAGUCGGUCCUGAAGUGGUGGGCCCUCCUCUUUCAUGCUCAUCCACUGGCUUUUGCUCGGGCCAAUGUGAGUACAGUGCUACAUACGAGCGUCGAGGUCUUGCGAACCUUGACCGGGCUUCAGGUAUCCACAGAGCUUAGACCCUGGUUGGAGGGUCUGCUGAGGAGCUCGCUUCUGAUGCUGGCUCAUGGAUUCAACACGGUGUCCAUCCGCCAGGGCCCGCAGCCCAAGCAGCAGGGUGUUGCCCAGGAGGCUGCCGCCGCCUGUCACAGCCAGUUUGGUGACUUCGUUCGCGGCCACGGGGUGGGAGACCUUUGCGAGCUUGCAUGUCGUGCUGCGCUGCGCUUGACGGAGGAGGAGGUUCAGGCUUGGCUGGAGGAGCCUGAAGAUCAACUCCUAGGCCCACAGUGCCAGACAGAGCUGCACCAAGCAGGCGAGUCUUGUAUCCGUGCCUUGGGGCAGCCUCCCCUUCAUCAGCCACUCGUGGAGCACAUUGCCAAGCGUAUGCAGGAGGAGAUCGCCCAGCCACCCUCGCUGAAUGAUGCCUUCGAAUUGGUUGCGAGGAAGGAUAUGUUCCUGUCCUUGCUGGCCCUGUGCCAGUCACAGCUAAAGCCGCACUUGCAGUUUCCAGUGAUGCUGGGCUUCUUCAGCCCGAUCGCCAGCCUCGUGCCGCACCUCGGCCCGCAGGCGGCUGGCAUCCUGCUUCCCGUGCGGCUGUGCGUGGUCAUCAGGGCCUGGGCAGCAGAGAUUCCCGAGAAUGCGUUGGUGUCUGUGGUGCAGUUGCUUCAAGGUUUUCUCCGAAGCGAGAGCCCGAAGGCAGUGCGACUUGCAGCACUGUCACCGCUGAGAGCGAUGCUGGAUCGCUUCUCAGACAGUGAGGCAUGGACGGAGGUUCAAGGUGGGCUGAUUGACUCCUGCUUGGCUCUUCUGAGCAUUGUGAAGGCACCUGAGGUGCAGUGGCGUUGCCUGAAUCUGAUUCACCUGUUCUUGGUUGAGGAGGCCGAGAGUGGCAGAUACCAGGCCACGGAGAAGACUCUCGAGCAGCUCGUCACUCUCUGGCGCCGGCCAGAAGAAGGUGAGCUGUUGAUCCGCCACGCGCUCUUGGACGUACUUCGUGCCUUGGUGCUCAUGUCGGACAGGACCCGAAGCCCUCGCUUGGCUUUGUCGCCACCACUCUUGUCCUGCUGUCUGACUGUAAUCUCAGACUGCUAUGCUGUCCACAGAGGUCCGUCGUCGCCACAGCGUGGCGGCUACGAAGCCACUGCAGCGUUGCAGGCAGAUGCGGAAUCAGCGGCAGGAGCACUGGGCGAUGCAGGCAGCGCGACUGCAACGCUGUUCGACUCUGGCAGUGUCCUGUUCUUGGGCGUGCUGAGAACAGUGGAUGUGGAGCAGGCAGCUCCAUUGAUGCCUUUCUUUCCCAAGCUACUUGCGCAGCAGACUGCUAUGGGCGGACCGCCGCCAGAGUGGACAAUGGACAUCCUGCUGGAGUACUGUGCUUUGCACUGCUCGGGUGGUGCGGCUGCUCACUUGGCGCAGUUUUAUCCCGCUCUGCUCCAGAUUUGCUGGGUACCUCAGCUAUGGCUCUUGCAUGGUGUUGCUGUCGGCUGA